UUGUUUACAUAGCAACUACACAGCAACAGUGUUCGGUGUGUAUCGUGUUGUUGGGGAUAACAAGUUGGAAAGAAGAAGGGUGUCUGUUUAGGUUGUUAGGAGGGAAGAAUUCGCCAUGGAAGGGCUACCGUUCCUCCCAGGAAACUCAUUUGUAGAUCCAACAAAAGCCAAAUACCAUAGAAGUCAUUCGCUCAACUAUAAGAAUGGCUAUGCCACACAGAUUCUGCCUACCACUGGAAUUGGUGGUGUGCCCAUCAAUUACAACCAACUUUCUGAACAGGAGCUUGACGAGCUGGCGAAUUUCAACCCAACAUUGACCUAUGGUCAGGCAAAGCAAGCUCCACCAGAGGACUUUGUACCAGGUCAUGUAGCAUGGGAUAAAAAGGUUUUAAGAUUCAAUGCUUACUUCAAGCAAACUGUCCAUGAAUCUCCUGAUGAAUACUUCAGAGUGCGACCAGUUGAUCUAUAUUACUACCUUGAGGAUGACAGUAUUGCAGUUGUUGAGCCUCAUGUGGAGAACUCUGGCAUGCCACAAGGAAAGCUCAUCAAGAGACAGAGGCUACCCAAGGAUGACCAGGGGAGUAAUUGGCAUUGGAGGGACCUCAACAAUGGAAUGAAUGUCACAUUUUAUGGGAAAAUUUUCAGAAUCGUCAGCUGUGAUGCAUUCACAAGGAAUUUCCUGGAGAGUGAGGGUAUGGUGGUUAACGAGAGCGAGGGUGCCCCUACCGAUCCUUACAUCGAGAGGAGGAAGGAGGCAGCAGCUCUCCGAACCUACAACACUCCGUCCUCCUUCGACAAACUCAAACAAUUCCUGGAACUCGACCGUAAAGUGCUGCGGUUCUAUUGUAUCUGGGACGAUCAAGACAGCAUGUUUGGAGAGAGUAGACCAUUUGUUAUCCAUUAUUACCUAGUGGAUGAUACAUUGGAAGUCCGAGAAGUGCACACGCCCAAUGACGGACGCGAUCCUUUCCCAGUUUUGAUUGGACGACACAAAGUUCCUAAAGACAGAUACAACAUAGAGUCUUCAUUCCCUGGAGUUGUAAUGGAACUGUCAGAACACGAAAUCAAAGAGUAUUUCACACCCAAAGACUUCAAAUUAGGCACACCGAUGUCAAUAUACGGGCGCCGAUUCCUUGUGUAUGACUUUGAUAACUUCACAAAGGCAUUCUUCUACCAGAACUUUGGAAUGACCGACUUCAAGCCAGUGGAUGUGCAGAACAGGGCCAAGGCUCUUCCUAAGAUGGAAAUCCCUCCCUACAACCAGUUUGGAUCCCUUGAAGAUUCCCUACAAUCUUGUCUGUCUUUGAUCCCACAACCUCCCAAAAAGGACUUCAUCAAGAUGUUAGAAAACGACCAUAAAGUGCUACGCUUUGAAGCUAUCAUGGAUUCCGUAAAGCCAGAAGACAAGGGCAGACGAUUCAUCAUUUCCUAUCGUCUUGCUGAUGAUAUGAUGACAAUUUACGAGCCUCCGGUAAGAAAUUCUGGAAUCAUCGGUGGCAAAUUCCUGGAAAGGACCCGUGUAGCUAAGCCCAACUGCCCACCUGACCAGCCUUGCUUCUUUGGCCCUCAGGAUUUCUACAUUGGUGCUGUGAUUGACAUCUUCAAGCACCGCUUCAUCAUCAUAAACGCUGAUGCCUAUGUACUGGAAUAUAUGCAGAGCCACAAGCAUCAAUUCCCAGAAUCAACAGUAUCGUCAUUACAACAGAAGUUGUCUGAACCACACGCCAAGUCUGAGGCAGUCAAGGGAGGACCGAUGAAAGUGAAACGAAAUGAGGGCGACCUAGAGAUUCUGGUACAACAAAUUCGUGCCCAGCUCAAGAAAAUCGCCAUCACAGACAAGACUCGCGUGGACGGGAUGUUCCUCCGAUACGAUAAGGACAGGACAGGUUACAUCGAUGCCAACAACAUGAAAAAUCUCUGCCGUAGUUUGCAACUCCCAGUCGACGAUGAUGUCAUAAAUGCGCUGAUCUGUCAGUGCACACAGGACCCAGAGGGAAGAAUAUCACUCGAAGAUUUCAGACGCUUUGUGGAGAGUUCAUGAAGGAAAGGGAGAUAACUUAACUAAAAAAGACAAUUAAGAAACUGUGAUAUUUUGAUGAGGAGAAUGAAUUAACGAGUGAAAGAGAACAGGUGGUGACACAAAUUUUAGUCAUUACACAUACGUGGUGACUUUGAAGUACUGGAUCCCGAAAUGCAAAAAAUAUACCUUCAUCCCAAUGGACAACCAUUUUUUCUUGUUAAUUGAGUAUUUUUAUGCAUUGUUUGUACAUAAUGUAUAUAUAAAUUAUGAUAAAAACCUUGAUGUGAAAGAACCUUUUUUUUUCUAGUUAUUGCAAUAUUCACAUUUUUCUGUUAAAAACCAAGUAGAAGUUUUGAAAUGUGAAGUUUAUCAUAGCAAACAAAGUCUUAUCAAUGUGGAAUAUAACUUUAUUUCCUAAAUCAUCUACUUGGUAUUCUCUAAGUUUGAUGAUAACUCAAAGAAAUUUUGAUCACACAAUCAUGAGAAAAAAGUAUGAACACAAAUGUGUCGACUGUGACACCUUAAGCGGAACUUUGCAGUUUUCAGCAAAUCACUAUUUAAUAUAUUUAAAACAGUUGAAGUAUAAGGUGUAUUGUGAAUGUUGAACAAACAACUCUGAAUAAAUCUAUAUCUAAAACAA